CACACACUUUCAAGCUGGGGUUCGGUUUGUGACGACCGAACAGGGGCGCAAACACAGAACUUUAGAACAAACUCAAAAUCAACAACGCCAAUAUGUUCAAAUAAACAUUUUAAACAUUAUCACACACUCACUCAUCAAUCAAUGCCUAAAUCAUGCAUACUACCCUUUUUGAUUCAAUGACAACAAUUCUCAAAACAAUAACCAACAAUUAAAUGGAUAAAUCACAUAGAUCAACCACGAUAAUGAUUAAGAACGGAAUUUCAAACCUAGAUGCAUAUUCUUGUGUUAGAUGUCAACGUACUCACCUCGAUUCGUUCAAUUCGAUUCAAAAGAACGUCGCUCGAAAGUUAUCCUCGAGGACUCGCACCCCACUACCCAAGUUGGUACCGUUGCCCAUACUUCUCGCCAUGGCCAGGGUUCCAUCGCUGCUGCCCGUCGCCUGCCGGUGGUUGACGUUGUCUAAGAAGGCCGCUGGAGUUGCUGCCAGACCAGACCGAACUUGCCGUCGUACCCUCGCCGGAGUAUUGACAGAUCACGGCCGUCCCUGCCUCGCCAAAUCCGAGAGUGGGCCUCGGGGAACUGGUCGUCGUUUUGCUGGGUUGACGCGCUGAGUCACCCCGCCGGAGGAUUUGCCGGUUCGCGCUGCUGCUCGCUGAGGUCAACGCCGGAAGGAGUCGCCGGGUUGAGGCCAGUCGUGCCCCUCCACGAAAUCUGAGAGAAAGGAGUCGGUAAGGGAGCUUGCCGGAGAUCCAAUUGCCGCAGGCCGUCGCUGGUCACCGUCGCCGUGCCCCUGUGCUGCUGUGAUGGAUCGACCAAGAAGGAUGGAGGGUGGCGGCGGUUCGAUUAGGGCAGAAAGAAACGAAGGAAAAAUACUCUAGGCUUUGCAGUUAUUGU